UCCAAAGAAGGAAGGGGCGCCCAAAAAUAAAAAGAAAACAAACAGGUGUUUGGUUCAGAUUCCAGAAUCGCGCGAUCCAAGAAUUGGAGCUCACUCAGCUCAAAAUAAAAAUUAAAUAAAUAAUAAUAAUUGAAAGAAGCCUGAGACUCACACAAAACACACGCAUAUAAAAUUACAAAUCUCUCGUUACUAAAAAAUUUGACGUGGAAUCAGGUCUUCGAAAUUCGACUUCUGGUUUUGGACACCUGAUUUCAGUUGGUUACAUUACGUUACGCUCUAAUAGGGAGAGAGAUAGAGUGGUGUUAUAAUAAGAAGAAGAAGAAUGGGGUGUUCAUUUUCUGGUUUGAACGCACUUUACGAUUCCGUUAACGGAGGCGGAGAUGUUUGGAUCAACGAGAACCGGUUCCGUAUCGUCAGGCAGCUCGGUGAAGGUGGAAACGCCUAUGUCUUCCUCGUCAAGGACGUUCCCGCCGACAACGUCUCCGGCGGUUUCUCCUCCAAGCUCAAACAGUCCUCUCACAUUUCCGAGGACGGAACAUAUGCUAUGAAAAAGGUCCUCAUCAAGAGCAAUGAGCAGCUGGAGUUGGUCAGGGAGGAGAUCCGUGUUUCCUCACUGUUCAACCACCCAAAUCUGCUCCCGCUUCUCGAUCAUGCAAUCAUUUCUGUCAAGCCUACUCCACAAAAAUCUUGGAACCACGAGGCAUACUUGUUAUUUCCACUUCAUUUGGAUGGAACACUGCUAGAUAAUACCAAGACAAUGCAAGCCAGGAAGGAAUCCUUUCCUACCUCGGAUGUUCUUCAAAUCUUUCGACAGCUUUGUGCAGGACUCAAGCAUAUGCAUGGUUUAGAUACUCCAUAUGCUCAUAAUGAUGUCAAACCUGGUAAUGUUCUCAUAACACAUAGAAAAGGACAAUCGCCUCUUGCCAUACUCAUGGAUUUUGGCAGUGCUCGUCCUGCCAGGAAGCACAUUGGUUCCAGAUCAGAGGCACUCCAGUUGCAGGAAUGGGCAGCUGAACACUGUUCUGCCCCUUUCCGAGCUCCGGAGCUGUGGGAAUGCCCAAGCCAAGGUGAUAUAGAUGAGAGGACUGACGUUUGGUCACUAGGAUGCACAUUAUAUGCAAUAAUGUAUGGGGUAUCUCCAUUUGAAUAUGCACUUGAUGAGCCUGAUGGAGACCUCCGAUCAGCUGUUUUAAAUGCUAAAAUCAAAUGGCCAACUGAACGUAAGUCUCAAUAUCCAGACGCUCUUCAUCAGUUUGUAUCAUGGAUGCUUCAGCCCCAGAUUGCUGUGCGGCCCCGGAUAGAUGACAUUGUUAUUCAUGUUGAUAAGUUGAUUGCAAAGUUCUCUGGUUGAGUUACUUUGGGAGAGAUUUAAGAGAACAGUUGAGGCAUACACAUUGCAGUUGUUAAAAUUUCAUGUGCCUUCCCUAUCUAUUGAGAUAGAUAGAAAAGGAAUAGUUCCCUGCCUUAGUUUUUAUGUGUAUCUUUACAUUUUUUUUGUGGUAGUCUAGGUAGUUGGGCAUUGGGCUUAAUUAUUAUUUCAGUAAUUUAUACAUAAUUUUGUCUAUUGUAAUUUAUGAAAUGGCCAGUCUCCCUGUAAUCUUCUUCAGGAUUCAUGCGCAUAAAUGGCAUAUGGUUUAUUUACUUA